UUGAGAACCGCUGAGCAGAUGUGAACGGCUCGUUGCUGGUUUAGCUUAAACAGAUCGUUCAGAACACCGUUUUCUUGUUUCUAGCUCAGUUACAUCAGUGAGGAACGCGGGCAUGGAUCUGAGACCGGAGCUCCCCACAGUCUCCUCUGCCUCGCAAGUCCACCCGGGAGCGGCAGCAGCGGCCGCAGCUGCCUCCAUCCCGGUGUCCAUGGCCGGCAACCUGCUGCGCGGCCCACCGCUCCUCCUGCGCGCCGCGGACAAGUACCCGCGCACCCCGAAGUGUGCCCGCUGCAGGAACCACGGCGUGGUGUCCGCGCUGAAGGGCCACAAGCGCUACUGCCGUUGGAAGGACUGUAUGUGCGCCAAGUGCACCCUGAUCGCCGAGAGGCAGCGGGUGAUGGCGGCGCAGGUGGCGCUGCGACGGCAGCAGGCACAGGAGGAGAACGAGGCCCGAGAGCUGCAGCUGCUCUACGGCACGGCGGAGGGACUCGCGCUGGCCGCCGCCAACGGCAUCAUCCCACCGCGGCCGAACUACGAGGUGUUCGGCUCUGUCAGCAGCGAGAGUAACUCGGAUUCCAGUAUCCAGAAGUAUGAGCUGUUCCCAAAGGGCCAGCUGUCCGGAUCCGCCACCCCUCAGCAGACCGUGGGGAAACCUGCGUCCACCGAAAGUGACUCGGCCCCGGGCAUCUCGUCCCCAGACGGCCGGCACGCAGGCUCGGGUUCAGAGAACGGAGACAGCGAGUCCUUCAUCAGCUCACCGGUGUCCAAGCCUUUGAAAGACGGAGGGGAAACUCCCGGCUCUGUCAGCUCCAUUGGCUCUGAUUCCGGCUCCGAGACUGACAAAGACGAGCAGGAGCCCUCCCCGUCCUCUGCGGCCUCCCGGCACAUGAACGCCAUCGACAUCCUGACCCGAGUGUUCCCCAGCCACAAGAGGAGCGUCCUGGAGCUCGUCCUGCAGGGCUGCGGUAAGGACGUGGUGCAGGCCAUCGAGCAGAUCCUCAACAACAGCGGCGCGCAGAGCUCCAGCAAGUCGGCCCCCGACGAGACGUGGACGGCCGAGAGGAUGCUUCAAAACACGCAGCAGCCUCCGCCGUCCUCCGCGUCCACAACCGCCCCGACGAGGCCCAUGUUACCCGGAGCCAUGACGCUCAGCAACCGCUCCGCGUUUUCUCCUCUCCAGCCCAACGCCCCGCACUUCGGUGCCGACCCCAGCACCUAUCCUCUGGGCACCCACCUGGGACUGAACCCGCUGCGGCUGGCCUACUCUGCGCACAGCCGGGGACUGGCUUUCAUGACGCCCUACUCCACCACCGGGUUGAUGCCCACCCUGGGCUUCAGACCCCCGAUGGACUAUGCCUUUAGCGACCUGAUAAGGGACAGGACAAUGUUGCACAAGGAGCAAGGCUACGCCAGCGGCCUGUACGGGCCUUUGGUCAACAACACGCCGGAAAAACAGUGAGGCUGCUGGACUGACCAUAGAGACACAUUCCAUUGUUGAAUAUUCUGGCGAAAAUCUGUGAUGUGUUUUGGCUACAGUGUACUGUACAUAAUAGGAUUAUCUGGCUUGUAGUCAAAUGGUCUGAGAGGAAAAAACUAAACUCACUUAUGUGUAAUUUUCAAAAAUAAUUUUAUGUUUGAGUACAAACGUUUGGAUGAACAUUCCCCCGUAUGAACCUGAUUAUUCCACCAAUAAAAUGACGUGAAGCUGAAAAGAUAUUUAUUGAUUUCAAACAUGAAUCACGAUCAAAGUGGAAAAGUAAAAAAAUUAACCCAACUGCACAGAAGGCGAAAACUGCAGCUAUACAUCUAUAUUUAUAUAGAUGUAUAGAUGUGCUUUUAUUACUGAGUUUUAUGUCGGUUGUGCAGAAUUUAAAAAAAACAACAAAGAAAUGUUUUAUCAGAGAGUUUUGACUGUUUAGAGUCCGUCAGUUUUCUCAGCUGAUUGAUGAAACUGAACUGCAUCAUUUUCAAAAUCAGACUUUAAAUAUGCAUUUCUCUCUCUCUACACACACACACACACGGAAUAUUAAAUGAGGCAAAAUGAAGUCAUUAUAACAUGUAGCUUUCAGAUGUUAACACUAUUUCCUGAUGUAAAAGUUGAACUAACGAUGUGUAAAUGCCAUCCCUUCUUCCCCCUCCUAUUAUUUCACUCAUCUCACCUUUUCCUUUGUUUUAGUUCGUUUCCAACUGCCUGUAUUAUAUAUUGCAUUUGGUAAUAUGCUAUGCUAUAUUUGACUUUUCAUUUAUCCGUUAGUCAGCUCAACUAUUUUGUGACAAAGUGCUGGAUCAAGUC